CAUGCCCUCGUUCUUAUCCGCCCCCUUAUCACAUCCUGCAGAAUGUCGGCCUAUGACAUUGCUGGGUACGCUGCCGACGCUCUGGCUUCCUUGACUCCUGAGGAGAUCGAAUUUCUGCGCGAGCUGCCGAAAGCAGAGUUACACGCCCAUCUAAAUGGCAGCAUCCCGAUCCCACUGCUACAAAAGAUCGCAAACGAGGCCGACUUCUCCUCCUCUGCGAUUAGCUCUGAUGCAGUAAAAGCUGGUAUCGAGCAGCUCAAGACCGGCGUUGUGUUCAACGAACUACACGACUUCUUUGGGCUCUUUCCCGCCAUCUAUGCUCUGACCGCAACGCCGGAGACUCUCGCGGAGGCUGCCCGCGCCGUGCUUGCUCAGUUUCUCGAGCCUGACCCCGUCUCACCGAAAGGCCAGCCCAUGGCGGCCUAUCUCGAGCUGCGUUCGACACCCCGGACGACGCCCAACAUGUCACGCAAACAGUACCUCGAGGCCGUCCUUGACGAGGUCGAACGGUACCCCGUGGAACGGGCUGCGCUCAUUGUCAGCUUAGACCGCCGUAUGGAUGCGAAGACUGCGGAGGAGAUCGUCAGUCUAGCCAUCAAGCUGAGGCAGGAGGGGAGGCGUGUUGUGGGCGUUGAUCUCUGCGGGGACCCCCUAGCGGGAAACAUGGACAAUUUUGAGCAAUACUUCAAACGUGUGAAGGAAGCAGGGCUUGGUGUGACUUUGCAUAUCGCUGAAACCUCUGAGAACACGCAUGAGGAUACUCUGAAGCUACUCUCCUUCAGUCCAGACAGGCUAGGGCAUGCCACAUUCCUGGAUACAGACGCGAGAGAUGUUGUCUUCUCGAAUAACGCUUGCGUCGAGAUCUGUCUCUCGUCCAACCUCCUGUGCAAGACUGUGAGCAUCCUUGAAGAGCAUCACAUUAGGCACUACCUGGAGGCAAACCACCCAAUAGCGGUCUGCACGGACGAUACCCUUCCUUUCCGAAAUAACCUGCUUGGCGAAUAUGCUUUGCUUCUUGCGAAGGAGCCUCUGGGCCUCGGAUUGACUAGAGAGGAAGUUGAGCGCAUCGCGCGUAUGAGUAUGGCCUCGCGCUUUGCCUCGCCUGUUAGUAAGACGGCUCAAUAGUCGGUGUACCUAUUGCUGGUAUACUUGAACCUUCAUGACACUCACUUCAUGCUGCCUUAGGCAACAGUGUAUUCUUUAGAUUCUCUAGGUUUGAGUCCACAAUUCAAACCAAUUACAUGUAACAAAUAAUGGUGAGUGCACGAGCAUGCCUGACAUCGACGCUACUAGUAGUGACAGCAAGUGAAAUAUCUGCCAACGAUCUUCCGCGACGUUCGCUCACAGUGUAGUAUCAUCUCGCUGUUCAAGUUCUUGUUCAAUAUAAUCCGCCAAAUUGAGGUCGUGGGUCACCGGCGAUACUCGCCAGGAUAUGGAUGAUGGACAUUCGCAGCCUUUCAUCAGCAGUCUACAGAGUAUCUUGCACAGCGUUCGCGGGCCGCGCUCAUGCACCCCUCGCAUUGCAUCAGCCGACGUCGGCAUUGAGGGAGCAUCCCGUGCUCUGAGUGCUUCUAUCCCCGGCGACAUUCUUGUACUUCAGCCGCUUUUACGACCGUGCCAGUCAUACAUCAUCAUGGGGUCCUAUUGUCACCGAAGAAGUGAAUCGCAUCAAGGCGGCGCAGCUCGUCCGCGAUCAAGUCUGGAAGCGCUUCUGGUAUCAUGCCUCUCAUAGACGGGCUCACAAAACCUGGAUUAAUGCCCAGAGGCGCAUCGCAGGAAAGCUAAACGGCGUUUUAACACUCGCAAAACGAGCCUACAAUUCAGUAGAAGCUGAUGGCUCUCGUUUGGCGUUCAUGCAUCGACCUCCGCCUUUGUGUGCUUCGACAAACUCUCCACCGAAAGAUUCCCACAGGUCACUAUGGCCGGUGAGGCACGUUUCAUCGCUAACUCAACCCACCCACAGCACAGGACGUGUUAAGAGACCACAGGGGCUUCACGGUGGAACGCCUGUGGAAGGGCAUAUAAGGCGGCCAGCAGCUGGGCAGAUCCUCAGAGCCAGGUCACCCAAGCUCCUUCACUCAUCGAGUCUUUGCUAUGUUCCCCAGCGCACAGCUCCUUGCCCUUGCCGUCUUCGCGGCCAUCUCUACGGGUGAUACACACUAUGUUGACUGGGAUGCUCAACUCUGACCUUCUUUGCGUUUUGUUCAGUGCACGCUCAGACCUUGCCAACCAACUGUGCUCGAAACUACACCGUGCAGGCUGGCGAUAUCUGCAAUUCCAUCUCGGCCGCCCAACACGUCUCCACGUAAGCGGCCUUAUG